AUGUUGGAAAACACUGCUGUCAACAAUAAUCUGCCAUGGUUGGUUAUUGGAGAUCUCAAUAUCAUUCUUCAUGAUACUGAAAAAUUCAGUACCCAACCUAUAGAUGUUAAUGAGGCUCCUCUCUUUGGCCAUAAAAUCCUUGAUUUGGAUUUAGUUGAUCUGAGCACCACUGGUUGUCCUUUAACUUGGUCUAACAAAAGAAGUGGACAUGCUCUCAUAGAACAAAGAUUGGAUAGAGGGCUAGCUACUGAAAGUUGGCUACUCUUAUAUCCCAAUACUACCAUAUCUAUUAUGCUAGCCAUUGGAUCAGAUCACCACCAAAUCCUUCUCAACUCUAAUCCUACUUGGCAAACUGGUAAAAUACCUUUUAAAUUCUUUGGUCCUUGGUUAGAUCAUAAGGAUUGCAGGAAAAUUAUUGAUGAGUGUUGGAGAAGGAACCUCACUGGUUCAAGUGCUUUUCUCAUAGCUAGGAAGCUUAAAGAUAUCAAACUUCAUCUUAGAGUUUGGAACAAAGAAGUUUAUGGUAAUAUCAAAACUAACAUUGAAGAAUGCAAACAUCUUUUUUGGUUACAUGACAACUAUUUCAGAACUCACAGAAGUGAUGCGUUCAGUUUAGCAAUGAAAAAACUCAGAGAUUGA